CACUAAGGUCAAAAUCAUUCGGAAACGACCCAUCUGGCGAACGAGGUAUAGACAGAAGCAAGCAACGCAGCGAAGCAGGUGCCUUUAAAACCUCCAAACAUGUCGCUGUCUACCAAACUCACACUGGACAAGGUGGAGGUGAAAGGAAAGCGUGUCAUCAUGAGGGUUGACUUCAAUGUGCCCAUGAAGGAUAAGACUAUCACAAACAAUCAGAGAAUCAAGGCUGCCGUACCUACCAUCAAACACUGUCUGGACCACGGGGCUAAGGCCGUGGUUCUGAUGAGCCACCUCGGACGUCCAGAUGGGACCCCCAUGGACAAGUACUCCCUGAAGCCUGUGGCAGCGGAGCUUAAGACCCUGUUGGGAAAGGACGUGACGUUCCUGAAGAACUGCGUGGGUCCUGAAGUGGAGGCUACCUGUGCCGACCCCCCUGCCGGCUCCGUCAUCCUCCUGGAGAACCUCCGCUUCCACGUGGCGGAGGAGGGCAAGGGCAAGGACGCCGCCGGCAACAAGACCAAGGCCUCCCAGGAGCAGAUUGACUCCUUCAGGGCAUCUCUGUCCAAGCUGGGAGAUGUCUACGUCAACGAUGCCUUCGGCACAGCACACAGAGGCCACAGCUCCAUGGUGGGAGUGAACCUGCCCCAGAAGGCUGCUGGCUUCCUGAUGAAGAAGGAGCUCGACUACUUUGCCAUGGCCCUGGAGAAGCCCCAGAGGCCCUUCCUGGCCAUCCUGGGAGGGGCCAAGGUGAAGGACAAGAUCCAGCUGAUCAACAACAUGUUGGACCAGGUGAACGAGAUGAUCAUCGGAGGAGGCAUGGCCUUCACCUUCCUCAAGGUCCUCAACAACAUGGAGAUUGGUACGUCCCUCUACGACGAGGAGGGAGCCAAGAUCGUCAAGGACCUGAUGGCCAAGGCCGAGAAGAACGGCGUGAAGAUCAACCUGCCCGUCGACUUCGUCACGGCCGACGGCUUCGACGAGAAGGCCACCACAGGCACCGCCAUCGUAGCGGAAGGUAUCCCGGCUGGCUGGAUGGGUCUGGACUGCGGUCCCGAGAGCUCCAAGGCGUUUGGGGAGGCAGUGUGCCGGGCCAAGCAGAUCGUGUGGAACGGGCCCGUGGGCGUGUUUGAGUGGGACAACUUUGCCCACGGCACCAAGAACCUGAUGGACAAGGUGGUUGAGGUGACCAAGGCAGGCUGCAUCACAAUCAUUGGUGGGGGCGACACGGCCACCUGCUGCGCCAAGUGGGACACGGAGGACAAAGUGAGCCACGUCAGCACGGGGGGCGGAGCCAGUCUGGAGCUGCUGGAAGGUAAAGUUCUUCCAGGUGUGGAAGCCCUGAGCAGCGCCUAAGCCCCACCCCCCACUCUACCCCCCACACACACACCUAGGAGGAGAUUGCGUUUGUUACUGGAGGCUGAUUCAACACCCUCAUGCACAUGUUUCAGCAGUGUUUCUAUGGAGACGAUGAUUAAGCAGUCACCUUCAACCGUUCAACUAAUCAGGACAUCUGUUAUCUUUGUCCCCGCAAAACAGUGUGUGAUGUCAUCGUUCUUGUAUAGCCAGCUUAUGAGUAUUACAACCUUCUAAAGUAAAAUGUGUUGUGUCAUAUAUAUUUUAUAUUUGUCUGACUCCUCCCCUCUUAAUCAUGACCUGCUGUAGUCCACGUUCCACACUGUAACUUUGGUUAAGUUCUCCUGACGGUUCCCCCCCUGUCCUUCAACCUCAGUGGCUUGUUAGAUAGUUGUUCUCUGAGUGGUUGAGCUGUCAUGUGACCUGAGCCACAGCUCAAGGAAAUAAAGCAGUUUGUGUCAAACAUCAA